AUGUACAGCCCGACUCCUCUGCUGAAUGACUUCUAUCAGUAUACUAUGGCAUACUCCUACUACCAAGCAGGAUUCGCAAACCGGCAGGCAACCUUCGAAAUGUUCUUCCGGCAGAACCCAUUUAACGGACAGUACGCCGUCUUUGCUGGUCUGCGAGAUCUGCUGGACUUUAUCCUUGACUUCCGCUUCAGUGACGAUGACAUUAGCUAUUUAAAGCUUUGUCUACCAGACCUUGACCCGGGCUUCUUUGACUAUCUCAAAACCCUUUCAUGGAGGCAGCUGGAGCUUUAUGCCCCGAAGGAGGGAACAAUUGUGUUUGCUGGGGAGCCUGUGAUUAUAGUCCGCGGCCCCCUCUUGCUCUGUCAACUUCUGGAGAGUACUCUUUUGGUACUAAUCAAUUAUCCGACUCUGGUUUGCACGAAAGCUUGCCGCCUACGUGUUGCAUGCAACUACGAAAAGAUUAUGGAGAUUUAUUCUACCAUACCAUAUGACCAGAGAAACGCGUAUGUACAGUCAAUCUGCAGCAACCCUGUGUUAUCGGAGUUUGGGCUUCGUCGGGCGCAGGGGGUGAAUGGGGGCAUAUGUGCCUCUGAAUACGCUAUCAUGGGAGGCUGUAACGGAACAAGCAAUAUGUAUGCUGCCAGAAAGUUAGGCAUUCUUCCCGUUGGCACUAUGGCACAUUCAUUUGUGCUCUCCGUUGUCGAUACCCCCGAAGCACUCUUAGCAUCUCUCCAAAACUCUGAUUCUAUGUCUUUGCUUCGUUCUAAGGACUCAGUCGCGUUGGCCCACUUGCCAUUAUCCUUUGAGAGUUUUGUACAAAAGUGCAUGGACUGGAAAGCCCGCUUGUUCGCCCAGGAUCCUGCUGAGUCCAAAGAGCCCGAGGUCUAUAAGGCCACAGAGAGUCCUACUAAUGAAAGGCUUCCUAUCUAUCCGGUCUACAGGGCUAAUUUGACCGAGCUAAGUGCAUUCAUGAUCUAUGCUUACACACAUCCCAAUUCAUUUGUAGCGCUCAUAGAUACGUAUGACUCACUUAACUCAGGUCUUUAUAACUUCCUCAUAGUGGCGUGUGGGCUUAUUGAAUGUAGUGUGCAGCCACGCGGUGUGCGUCUGGAUAGUGGAGACCUUUCAUUUCUUAGUAUAGAGAUUAAGAGAGCGUUUUCUACGUUGGAUGCUGCUAUACGCACACACCCACUUCUUUGUGGGAAGGAUGGGUCUAUUGCAGAUUGUCUUGUGAUUGCGUCUAAUGACCUCGAUGAGGAGAUACUUUACAAUUUGGUCAAAGAAGGUGCGUGUAUCGAUAUGUUUGGCAUAGGGACACACCUAGUGACAUGCAACUCUCAGCCUAGCCUUGGGGGCGUGUACAAGCUUGUAGAACUGGAUGGAAUCCCAAGAAUUAAGUUCAGUGAUGAGAUUGGAAAAGUGACCAUUCCUGGGCAAAAGAUACUCUAUCGCCUCUACACGAGCACUCACACGCCCUUUGUAGACCUCAUUGCACGCCCAGACGAGGAAAUAAAAGAGCGGCAACCAGUCCACUGUUUACAUCCACACACACCAACGCGCCAGCUCAUGAUGUAUCCAUCCAAGGUUGAAGCGGUACACACUUGCAUUCUAAAGACAGGAGAAAUUAACUACCCCCACGAGACGUCUGUAGACCGUGAGCGGCGAGAAGUCAUUAAGCUGAAGCACCCGCAAGUACUGGACAUUCAACGAUAUGUAGUGGAGCAGCUUCUGACCAUGCGUCCAGACCACAUACGCGCCACAGCCCCGACACCAUACAAAAUCAGCCUUACUAAGCGCAUGAGUAAUCUGUUUAAGGAUGUAGUUCAGGCAAACUACACGUUAAAGGUUAUCGAAUAA